AUGGAGUGGCCGACCAGUUCAUUCCCAGGGCCCCAAGAGGAUACUACUAGUACUACUGCUGGUACUCAUCUAGACCGCCUCCUCAUCGGUCAAUUCCUCUUUCCCCAGUCAUCAGCCGUUCCAGUGUCCCAGCCCGACUCCUCCAUCUUUGCAAAUCACUCCUGUGGGGCCUUUGCCUCGAUUGCUGGUCCGUCCCGUAGUAUUGAACCUCCAGUUUGGACAGUCAAUCCGAUGGGUGGUCUUUCAAGUGACAGAAACAUUCCACCACAAGGCGGUGUGGCGCAGACUGCUCAAGCGCCUUUUGCCUAUGAUGAAAUCCCUGCCGAGUCACUUGAUUUGUUGUAUGCUUCCACUCGUAUUAUUGGUGGUCAGCCCCUGCGACUACCAGGAGACUGGGCGGAUACCAAUGCAGACACAAACCCAACCUGGCUUGCCCCCAAUAACGCCAUGAACCACCGGCCACACCCAGCUCCGGGAAGGUAUGCAGCCCGCUUCAUCUACUACUAUCAACAUGGCAUAUUUAACGUUACCAUAUCUGUGCAGUAGAAUCCCUCGUGCCCCUUCUAGUGCUCAUAGCCCACCAACAUUUGAGUGCAAAUGGGAAGGCUGUUCCAGCUCCACACGUUUCAGCACUGAAGGGGACCUUGUCCGCCAUCUUAAAUCGAUCCAUAUCUCCCCCGAUGCGUAUUCCUGUUUAGUUUGUGGCCAAUCUUUUGGUAGGAAGGAUCACCUCCGAGACCACCAGAGGCGCCGUCAUCGUUGCUUGGUCUGAGGCUCUCUGUUUAUUAUUCGUGUUUUAUGUUGGUGUUUCCUACAAUAUUCUCCUCCCAUCGCUCCUUCUUCCACUUCUUCCACUCCUUUUUCCUUUCUUAUACUAUCUACUCCGUACUAUUUAUAUAUACCUUUUCGGGGCCUUAUCAGCUGCUUUC